GCCCUUCCUCCCCCCAGUCACCACUUCCCCUGCCCGAAACUGGGGGGACGGGGACGAGGACGCUGCCGGGGGCUCUUUUCCACCCACCCCAGGCUCCCUCCAACCUCGGGGCAGCCAUGGGGCUGGGAGGGGGGGGACACACAACACGCGUCUCCCCUCGUAGACCAGGUGCCUCUUCUCCUCCCCGAGGUGACGGGAUGGAGCAGCUGAAGUGACCCGAGGAGCCGUCGCAGCCGUGCCCCAGGAUGGGCUGUGUGCACUGCAAAGAGAAGGGGUCCGGCAAAGGGCAGGCGGGAGGUGAAGUGGGGUCCCCCCCGCCCCCCGCUUCCCAGUACGACCCCGACCCCACGCAACCGGGCGCCGUCUUCACCCGAAUCCCCGACUUCAACAACUUCCAGGCCGGGGGGGUGCCCUCCACCCCCUCUUUCUCGGGGCAGGGCGUAUUCACCUCCAACACGCUGCAGAUGAGGAGCGGUGGCAUCACAGGUGGGGGGGUGACCCUCUUCAUCGCCCUGUACGACUACGAGGCCAGGACGGAGGAUGACCUCACCUUCCAGAAAGGGGAGAAAUUCCACAUCGGCUGGUGGGGGUCUGUGCCUGAUGGUUUUGUGUGUGUGUCCCCCUCCCCGGGGGGGGCUGCAGAGCGGGCGGCGGGGCUGUGCUGUCGCCUGGCCGUGCCGUGCCACAAAGGAACCCCCAAACUGGCCGACCUCUCGGUCAAAACCAAAGACGUGUGGGAGAUCCCCCGCGAGUCCCUCCAGCUCCUCAAGAAGCUGGGCAACGGGCAGUUCGGGGAAGUCUGGAUGGGCACGUGGAAUGGCACCACCAAGGUGGCGGUGAAGACGUUGAAGCCGGGCACCAUGUCGCCCGAGGCCUUCCUGGAGGAGGCUCAGAUCAUGAAGAGGCUGCGGCACGACAAGCUGGUGCAGCUCUACGCCGUGGUGUCAGAGGAGCCCAUCUACAUCGUCACCGAGUUCAUGAGCCAGGGCAGCUUGUUGGAUUUCCUAAAGGAUGGGGAUGGCCGCUACCUGAAGCUGCCCCAGCUGGUGGACAUGGCUGCCCAGAUCGCGGCGGGCAUGGCCUACAUCGAGAGGAUGAACUACAUCCAUCGGGACCUGCGUGCUGCCAACAUCCUGGUGGGGGACAACCUGGUGUGCAAGAUCGCUGACUUCGGCCUCGCCCGCCUCAUCGAGGACAACGAGUACACGGCGCGCCAGGGUGCCAAGUUCCCCAUCAAGUGGACAGCCCCGGAGGCCGCCCUUUAUGGAAAGUUCACCAUCAAGUCGGACGUCUGGUCCUUUGGCAUCCUCCUGACCGAGCUGGUGACCAAAGGCCGGGUGCCCUACCCAGGGAUGAACAACCGGGAGGUGCUGGAGCAAGUGGAAAGGGGCUACCGUAUGCAGUGCCCGGGCAACUGCCCCCCCUCCCUCCAUGACGUGAUGGUGCAGUGCUGGAAGCGGGAACCCGAGGAACGGCCCACCUUCGAGUACCUCCAGUCCUUCCUCGAGGACUAUUUCACCGCCACCGAGCCCCAGUACCAACCUGGGGACAACCAGUGACCCGGCGUUGGCACCCCCCCUCCCUCCUUAUCCCCCUCCCCAGCCGGGCUCUGGGGUGUUUUUUGGGGCAAAUCACCCUCUUUUUGCAGGGUGGUUGUUGCUCUCUUUGCCUGUGGUGUG